AGAACUAUUUGUGAGUAAAGUUGAUCCGGGUUCACCGCGCGGCGAACGUAAAUUUUCGGCAGCCACUGCGCCAUCGAUGAAAACAAAGUGGCUGAAAGCAAUUAAAAGCCUAAAACCGGCUUCUGGAUCAGCAGCACAAGCAGACAGACGUAAUGGAGCCGCUGGCAGUUCAUCGCAGCCAUUACGGCCCAAUGAGGAUGGUAGCCAUCAUUUACAGGAGUAUACUUAUAAAAAGAUAACAGCCUGUGAUGUGUGUUCACAAAUAUUAAGAGGUCACACACGACAAGGUCUACGUUGUCGUAUAUGUAAGUUAAAUGCUCAUGGCGAUUGUGCCUCGCAGCUGCCACGUUGUCAGCCGAAACAAAAGUUGUUGAGACGUCAAAAAAGCACUUCGGAAUUGGAAAAUCGUAUAGAUAUCGAGGAAGAAACUGCUGCCGACAAUGAAACCAAGAGACCUUUUGGAGAACCUUUAAUGUUGCAUAAGAAAAUCCUAAUGAAUUCAACGGCACCAGCUGGUGGCAGUGGCAGCAAUAAUCCCAAAAAUGUCAAACAACAUUUAAAAACAGCUAUAGCGUCUACAGGUGCAGCAAGAACUGCAACGACAGCUUUAACUGAAGCGAACACGAAACCAGUGAAAAAAGUUCGAUUAAAACCUUGAUACGCCCCACAAGAAAACCUUGGAAAACCUAGUCGUCCUUAGUGAAUGUGUCUUCUGUAAGAUGUGUUUUAGAAAAAUUAAAAUCCUUUACCUUGUUAGCGAAAAAAUAAAUCCUGCGAAAAAGUCCUGUGUUACAAACAAAAAAAAUUAAGAAAAGCCUCAGAAUAAAUAGUUCUUUUAGAAAAUAUUUAUAAAUUAAAGAAAAAAAUACGUAAAUAAAUUAUAAAAAUAUAUAUUUUUUUAAUUUUUAAUUUUAAUUUACUAUAAAUUAUUUUGUUUUAAUUAAAUUAUCACCUAAAUUCAUUAUUUACUUGCAAAGAUUUCCGUUUUGAUUAAAUUAUUUAUUUUGAAAAACAUUUCAUUUAAGCAAAAACCCAGCAAAAUGUUUGUUUAAUAAAACGUUUUUAAUACUCUACAUCUGAGACUAGAUAAUAUAUGGUCAUUUUGCAAAAAUGUUUGUUUUAUAUUAAUUCCCUAAAACUAGGUAACAUUUAUUUUUAAAGUAGAUUAAAUAUCAUAUUAUUAAACUAAAUUCAUGGAAUAUUCUCGAAUAUAUUUUUUAACUUUCUUAACUUUUUUGACAAAUUUCAAAGUUUCUAAAGCAAAUUUGUUGCUGGGUUUUUUAUUGUAACAGCUGUAAAGUCCUAUACGUUAGUAAUUUGUCAUAAUGUAUCCUUUUAAUGUGUAUUUUUUUCUAACUCUGGCAAAUUUAUUGAAAUUCAAUUAAAUAUCAUUAUAUGGUUUUUAUUUAAAAUUAAUGUUUUUUCUUUUUGUUGUAGUCUAUCUAAACAGCAUAAUAAUUUA